UCGUCAACGCGAACAGAGAUAUUGAUUCCAAGCAACAUGAGUUAUCCCCCUUGUCCCGCCACGGACGCCAUCUUGCGAGAGAAUUUACUAACAGGAUAUGAAAGUUACAGAAGAUUAGCUGAUAGGGAAGAGCAUUAUCCGUCUAGCAGCGAAAUGAGCGACAUGGACGAUAUGCCGGAAUUGGUUGACUCCUCGGAGGGAGAGGAAGUCACCAAGUUGGCCACCAAUCUUGACUAUGUUAUGGCUUGGUUGACGAGUCGGAAGAAACAUCUUGUUGAACAUCACCACAGCAUCAGGAAGUGCACCUAUGGCCCACUGCUCUUUGGCUUCUCCAACAAUGUGCCCAAAAUGUGGAUCAGCGCCCUGCACCACAGUCACGUGCUACUCACUAAAAACAGAGAGAAGGAUGUUACGCCCCUGUCGAAGGAAGAAUGGGAGAUGACAGAUAUGUUGACAGAAGUUUUCAAUCACGCAAACCCCAAAAUGAAAAGCCGUGAACACUUAAAGUGUGCGCUGGACGCAGUGGAUGAAAUUGAAAAGCAGGCUUUGCUUUCAAACGAUACUAUAGAUGUCAAAAGGGCAAUAGAGAAGGCGCAGGAGUUUAAGACUUUUCAGAAUCUAUGGAAUGAUAUAUCUGUCAAGACGAGGAUGAAGAAGAACCCCCAAGCUGCACAGUUUUGUAUUCUCUACGUCUUUAAGAAUUUUCACUACCAUGUCCUGGGAUACGGCCGAGACGGGAAACUGAUUGAAAACGAAAUCAAGGCCCUCUGGAGCUCCAACAAGUCUUCCGAUGAUGCGGAGCAGUCCAAGGAGAAGGGGAACAAGGCCUUCAAGGAGAACAAGUUUGACCUGGCAGUCAGAUGGUACACACAGGCUAUCAGGAAGGAUCCUCUGAGCCACAUCUUCUUUGGCAACAGAUCUCAAGCAUAUCUCAAAUUAAAAAAGUUCCGGGAGGCUCUCUGUGACGGACUGCGUGCCAUUACACUGGACCAGGACUGGGCAAAGGGUUACUACAGAUACGCUGAAGCUUACUUCGAACUGGGGAUGCUGGACAAGGCUAGAGAAAUAAACCACAUAGGGAGGCAAGCUUGUCAGCGCACCGAGGACAAACUCAACCUGAGACAGAUAGAUGAACAGAGGGAGCGCUUCAAGACAGAGAAACAAAGACUUGGUCAACUUGAUAAAAAUAUUUGGCUCCAAAGGCGUCUGCCCGAUCUUGUUAGUGAUUCCAACGACAGCGAUCUCGAGGAAGAUGGCGUCCCAGGCCUUAUUAGUGAUAGUGAUGACAACUACCCCCCUGUAAAGAGCACCAAGUUGAGACGGAAGCAAGACAGCAGGAAGAAGCUCCUCACCCCCUUCAAGCACACACUGAGGGAAGGCUCCGACGCGCUGGAGAAAGGCCUCGCUGAGGUUGCUAGAAUGGCCUUCGAGAAGGCUCUCGAUACCUACUCCUCUUCUAACUUCCUGCAAAAAGACGUACCAGAGUGUAAAGUGGUUGUUCUGAAGUACGCCUUUGCCAUCAGUGGUGUUGCAACUGGCAAUUAUGCGCACAUCAUGGAGGCCAUUCAUAGGUUUGAAGAAAUCAGUAGCACCUCAACCGUGAAAUUCCCCGCCAGUUACUAUGGGCUUGGCAAGGCUUAUGUCACAUUAAACAGGUAUACAGAGGCAACCGUCAAUCUCAACAGUGGAUUAUCGGCAGUGAAGAACGGAGUCCGGUGUGAUGCCUUUUGUUGGCCGGGGACAGACAAAGUCAUCCCAGAAUCCAAGAAAGAUAAGCUAGAGGCUCUACUUCGGGAGCUGCUCCAGACCUGUAAACGUCCGCCAACUCCAGACGCUGUGUGUCGCCAUGGUAACUGUCAGGAGGACAGAGAUGUUAUAUAUUUCUCAGAUCCAGACUUUAAGGGGUUUGUGCGAGUGAACUGUCAGUCUCUCUGUGUGGUAGAGUUUCACGUAGCCUGCUGGAAGUCUUACAAGGGGAAGGGGUCCGACAAGGAACAACUAGAUAAGUCUUGUCCAACUCCGGACUGUAGUUCUUUUAUACAGAGAAUCUGUCUCUACAGGCAUAACGCAGACCCUAAAGUUUAUACAUCAGACAAACCAUUACAAAAAUCUAAAAAUCAGAAGAAAUUACUGAAGCUCGAACCUUCAAGCCAAGACAAGAUAUCUCGUAAAGCGGAGAAGAAAGCACUGCGGAAGCAGAAGAGGAAGGAAGCUCGGGAAGCCGAGGUGGAGAAACAACAGGAAGAGGAAGAGGAGGAAGACACAACCGAUGCCCUCUCUCUGGCACAGCAAGUUCUUAAAGACGAGUCGGAUCUGAAGCACCUUGCGAAGGCCGACACAGUCCUGUACAAGAAGGAGGAGGCGGAGGAGGCCACUCUGUACAAGGGCAAGCCAAAGUUGAGUAAACCGAAGAAGGAGAAGAAGAAAACUAAACAGGUCCUCAAUGUGGAGGUGAAUUUCUCCGACCGUAGAGAAGACCAGCUGCUUGGGGAACACUCUGUACUGAGUGACACGGAGGACGACAAGUGUGCUCCCAGAAUACCAAGGGCCACAUAUAAUAGUGACAACCCUUUUUCUGUCCCUCCAAGUUUACAUCAAAAGGUUCAGGAUUUUAAUUCGGUUUAUGACCAGUCCAUCAACCCCCAGAACAACAAGCACAACGAAGUGGCCAACAAUCUCUUUGUGUAUUUUGCGGAGCUGCUAGGUGAGCACGGCCCUCUGCAUGUGAACGAUUCUGUGCUGACCAAGGAGCUGGAGGACUUCCCCAUGGAGGCCCGAGAGGUCAUAGACACUUACGGAGGUCUUCGAGGCUUCCUGCAGCAGUCGCUGAAGUUCGGACUUAUAGACAACUAUGUGUGUUUGUUAAAAGACGCUGUGCAUGCUCGGUCGCUGGCCGUGGCCCACAAGACCGAGUAUCCCACCUUGGGCGCUAAACAGACUGUUCCAAGUGAUGUGAAAACUAAACCGCGGGCUGUGAAUAGUGUUGUGUCGUCGGAUGUGAAUAAAGCUUCUAAGAUGUCGCUGAACCCUGCUGCCCAGGAGUUCAAGCCACAGCCUAGUGCUGGUGUGUUUGUGGAACAUUGUGUCAAUAAGGAUCCUUUUGUGAUUAAUGCUAUGAAUUCGUGUGAAGCUGGAUGUGAGAUAGAUAAGCUUGUGAAAACUGUCAGUGCAGCCCCCAGGGUUAAACCAUCCACAUAUAAUUCUCUGGACGACUUUACUCUUCCCUCGCAGCCAAAUAGUAGCAAAAGUGCGGAAAAGACGCUUUUAGAAAACAUGGACGACAUAGACGAUUUUCAGUUGUGUGCCGACGAUUUAGAUGAUGACUUAGAGACUACGAACAAUUUUUGUGAAGCUGAUUGGAGCAGGGAAAGUUGGGAGGGAGGAAGUGACAGUGUGUCGGAAAGUAUUUCUUUGGCAAAGAUUCGUGGUGUGGGUUCUAAAAUCUUGGAUUCAGCUCUUGCACCCAGUAGUGUCAAAUCGGAUGACCUUGACCCUAGCCGUUGCAGUUCAAGGUCAUCUCAUUCUGAGUUAGGUGAAUUUGAACUUGGUUAUCGCACUGUAUCCCCAGCUCUUCAGAGUCAAGGUUUCAAAUCAGCCUAUUCCAGAACCACUGUGCAGAAGGAGGUUUCAAAUGAUGUUUUUUCUUCCAGUUCGUUUCACAAUUCUGACAGCUUGCAUGGAAACCUAGAUUUAUUGGAUACCAAACGCAAAAAUUCAUUGGAUAAAACUAUCAUUCCUCCACGUCCUUUUUUGAGUUCUUCAUCUAAAGAUGCUUUUGGUUCCUUUGACUCCCGACCUAGCAGUUGUGAUAGCCCCCUGACCCAUGGGGGUGGCGACGCAUCAGAGAGCAGUGUGACCAGUAUCUGGGGUAGUAGCCCCACCCCCAUCUACCCCAAAGCCUCCCAGGAUAACGGAUUCAACACAUUCCAGGACAGGCUGACCAAGACGGCCCAACAGUCAGUGUACACCCCCUUCCCCAGCCUCGCGUCUCUUCAGUCCCAGGACAACACCAGCUCAACAUGGUCGCCAGCGGACGGACUCGAGCCUAACACGGCCUCCAGUUUCACAGCUGCAAACACGUCCGAGUCGUAUUCGUUGUUUGGACUGGACAAGAGUUCAGUGUUUUCCCAGGACCACAACUGGCUGAAGCCGAAGUCGUCGGUGGAUGUGCAAGUGCAGACGAUGUACAGCGGCGUGUCGGUGUCGACCAACACGGACCUGGACAUCAACAGCCUGUUCCUCCACUACAAGACGAUGCAGGAGCAGCACACGCAGCUCGUCGCCACACUGCACAAAGCCCAGGAGGAGAAGAUCAGUCUUACGGCAGCCACCAAACAGCUGAUGCUGGAGAAGAUGAAGACAACGCAGGAGCAGCAGAUUUACGUGCAGCAGGUGGAGCUGCUGAAGCAACAGAUGGUGGCCCUCCAACAGCUCAACCACAGCAUGGAAGAGAAGCUGAAGCAGGAGAGGUUGAGAACUGAGGAGUACCUGAAGAAGAAUGUAGACACCAGAGAGACGUUCCAGAAGGAGAAGGCAGAAAUGGUGGCCAGUCUGACAGAGCUGCAGGGUAAAUACAUCUCUCAGAGGGACAGAGCCAUCGCAGCAGAGCAAGAAUACGUCCAGCUGAAGAUGCAGGUUUCCUUACAGAGCUUCAGCGCCGCCAAGAGAGAAGCGACAUUUCACCACCACCACGUCCUCACCUACGUCCGCAAAUUCCAGGAAGACAAACGCGACCUCCCCGCCAAGGUGAAGCAGAUCCUGUCACAUCUCUCAAGCGUAAUCGAGACCUGCGACGCCAGGAUAGCAGACAUUAAGGCUCAGUAUGAGAAGAACGUCCAACUGCUCAAGGAAGGCCAGACUCUUGGUGACCUCCCAGCCUUCACUGUGGCCACGCCCCCAGUUCCCAUGCCACCGGAGAUAGCUGCACUGAUGUCGCAGAUCUUCGGUACAGGUACAGUCAACAGCUCCAAGCUCUCCAUGCGCCUGUCACCAACUGAAUCGGGCAGCAAGUCCCUACAGAUGUUCCAGUCUCCCCCCAACUCCCACUCCGCGAAGGCCAGCAAUGGGGGCACCCCCCAACAGGCCCCGAAGUCUAUUGCCACCACCCUCACCUCCCAGGCAGCGAAGUCCAGCAAUGGCCUCCACAACGGCACUAUGUUACAGCCUAAGCCUAUCCAGCCUCUUGGCUUUGCAGGGGGGAUGCAGGUGGCCCUCGCAAAGCCUGCCCGGGUUCCCAUGACGACCGCCCAGAUCCAUGCCAGCCUCUUGAACAGCCCGUCCCUGCAGCCUCCCACGCUGGCCAAGAUGGUAUCUCCGCAACAAAGCAGGAACAGUUAUGACAAGUUGAUCGCUGCCUUGCAGAGUAUAUUCCCCAACUACAACAAGUCGGAGUUUCUUGGUCUGAUCCGAGAGUUGCGGGAGUCCCGUGGGGGGUCACUGACAGGCAUGGGGUUGGAGGACAUUGUGAAGAACAUCACUGACACAGUGCUGGAGAGAGAGGGCACGCCCCUCAACACACAGACCCCUACUGCUCCACCUCCAGGAUUCAGCAACUCUUGGGGCGUGCACCUCGGCAGCGGCGGCGGCGGCAUUAACAGCAGCAGCUACAAGCAGCUGGACCUGUUCCUAGACGUGGAGGAGAACCCAUGCGCCAUCUGCCACGAGGAGCUGGAGAACCAGGAGACCCGAGACCUGGACUGUGGACACACCUUCCAUGUGGAGUGUAUCCGGACCUGGUUUAAGGAACAAAGCACCUGCCCCAACUGUCGCGUCCACGCCCUGCUGCCAGAUGACUUCCCUACUCUCAAAUAAAGCACUUGGAGCAAACAUAUAUUUUCAUAAUUUUUUUUUAAUUAUUAUUAUUUUAAUUCCUUGAGUGUUUGCUACAGAUGGACACAUACAGAAGCAUUCCUGUGUCUGUAUAACACAUGAACUGACACAGCAUACAGACAUCCUAACACAUACCAACACCGUAUAGUGACAUAGCAUAAUAAGUGAUACAGUCACAAUAUUGUUUGCAUUAUAGUGACAUUUAUGCCGCGAUAUCAUCAGAAUAUAUUUUGCUACCUUCUUUUCUUGCAUAAAUUCUGUUGUGUUUGCAUGUUUGUGUUAAGGUGUGUGUUCAUCAGGUCAAAUGUGAUUAUUUGACAUUGUCAUGCUACAGAAACAUUCACUGGAAGAAGGUGUGGUUGGUCUUGUCCAAUGGAUGCAAUGUCAAUAUUGCUAAAUGUGGUGUCGAACCCUACUCACUCACUCACUGUAUGAAACGGAAAUAAUAACGUUGAAUGAGUUUGUCUGAAAGUGAGUGUUAAAAAUUGGCAUUAAUCCUGUAGUCCUUGCCAAACUGCCCAACAGUUUAUGUAAAAAUUGCUAGUUCUAGGGGUAUGUGUUAUCGUUAUAAGGUCUAGUGGGCUAAAACUGUUACUUUCUAUCGCUGUAAGUUUAUCUUAAGACAGAAUGAAAUUUUUGACGUGUCUGGCUUGAGAUGUGAGAUGUGCAUUAAGAAGGCUCUUAGAAGUGAAUGCAUGUUAUCACAGACUGGCUAUUGAUUCUCUUGGGGAAAACCUGCUGCAUUUGAAGGGUGGCAAAAAAAUGCAAGUUGGCUUGGGAUGGAUCUAUACCAGCAAAGUAUUAAGGAGGGGGUGGUAUAAAGAAUUCCUUUAGUCAAUAACUGUUGGUACUUCCCAUACUUUGUUGUGGUCAAUAGUCUUUAUGCGAAGAUCCUGUUAUGGGACCUACAAUACUCAUACCACAAAGAUACUAUAGUGGGAUUUACAAUAAUAUUAGUACUAAGAUCCUGUUGUGGGACCUACACUAGUAUUAGUACUAAGAUCCUGUUGUUGGACCUACACUAGUAUAAGUACUAAGAUCCUGUUGUUGGACCUACACUAGUAUUAGUACUAAGAUCCUGGUUUGGGACCUACACUAGUAUAAGUACUAAGAUCCUGUUGUUGGUCCUACACUAGUAUAAGUACUAAGAUCCUGUUGUUGGACCUACACUAGUAUAAGUACUAAGAUCCUGGUUUGGGACCUACACUAGUAUUAUUACUAAGAUCCUCAUGUUGGACCUACACUAGUAUUAUUACUAAGAUCCUCAUGUUGGACCUACACUAGUAUUAUUACUAAGAUCCUCAUGUUGGAACUACAAUUAUCACAGCACUAAAGCCCUGUUAUGAAUUGGAGACCGAGAUCAUCAUGAAAAUGAAGAUGUUGACACUUAUCACAAUCCAUGUAAUGUUGACACUUAUCACAGUCCAUGCCAUGUUUACAGCGAGUGAGGGGAGGGGAUGUCACAUGAUCUAUCAAGCUUUGUUAUAUAUAUAUAUACUUGAUGUUAUUACUUGCUGAAUGUCAUACAUCCUUUGAUGGAGUUGAGCCAUGUCCUUCAUUUUUGUCAUCCAUCAUUUAGAUGUACUGAUUUUCUCUUAAUAAAUAUUUGAAUUUCA